UGUUGUUUGACUGUAUUACGGUUUUCUGUUACACGUUAUCGUAUAACUAACGAAUAUGGAGGAAUUACGGAAUCAGCGUCUCUUGGAAAAUCUUGAUUUACUAAAAAGUCUUGCAAAUGUAUGUGACGAUGACAUGGAGAAGAUCAGAAGAAUGUAUGGGAUCAAAAUGUCAAAAUCCAAUGUUCCGAGAUGUCAGAGAAUCCGCGCAACAUCAUCAAAAUGUAUCCAGACUAAGCAUGUGCCUAAAACGUUACCAUGCCGUCAUUCGAAAGUACCAACAUUGUUAAAUGAGCUUCUAUUCUGUAAAUAGAGAAGGAUAAAAGUAAAGGUCUCAUUAUCUUCAAACAGCGACAGUGAUUGGAUGAGCAGUGGGGAUGAGUGGAUUCCGGAUUUGCCCAAACCAUUUGUUACAAGCACGCCAACUCAUAAAUCAUCUCAUGAAAAAAUGACGAAAAAAGCAUCAGAAUGUAGUAGCAAAAUUGCCACACUGAUGGAAGUUUCGAAUUCCGAAGAAGGGAGACGAUAUCCCAAACGGGAGAAAGAAAGGCGAAACUACACAUUUGAUGUGGUGAUUCCUGAAGAUGAUAGGUACCUGUACUGUUAUACUUGUAAACGUUCUGUCAUUGAUGGAUGUUUUGAUCAUCCUAUUAUUUGGAUCGACAAUACACCAUCAGAUGUUUGCGAAGAAGUCAAAGACAAGUACAUUUACUGCCAAACAUCCAAAUGCGUUUGUGGAGAGCCAUUUUAUAAACAUGCAGCUAAAACCGCUCCAAAAGGACUGAUCACAAUUAGCAAGUCUAGAAUUCACGGAGCAGGGUUGGGUGCAUAUGCAAAUGCUAACAUACAGUGCGGAACUAUGUUUGGACAUUACGAAGGACAGAUAGUGUAUUUACAUGAAAUGGAUAAUGAGGAACGGGUCAGGAGGUCGCGUGGUGGAUAUGCAUGGCUCGUAAGAGCUAAUAAUAAUGGCGUCAGUGCUCAUCUGGUGGAUGCUCGAAAUCCUCUGAAUUCAAAUUGGUUAAGAUUUGUUAAUUGUGCCCGAUUCGAAGAAGAGCAAAAUCUUGUUACAGUGCAGUAUAGAGGAAAAAUCUACUAUAGAGCAUGCAAAGACAUUUCAAGAUUCGAAGAACUUCUUACGUAUUAUGGAGAGGAGGUAUGUUUUUACUUUAUAGACUGAUUUGUAAAAACUCUUCCAAAUAAGACAACAGAGUGGGAUACCUAUGCAUUAUGAAAGUUGCUCCUAGCAGAUAAUAGAAUAUUUAGACUAAAUAUGUGAAAUGUGAGCCUCUGUAAAAUCUUGAUUCACGCACUAACACCUAUACCAAAUAGGCCUUAAUAGCAAAAAAAUAAUAGUUGUCGUCAGUAUUUGAAUUCCUUGUUUCGUAUGUUCUCACCAUAACUGAAUUCAUAUACAAAACGUAUUAUUUUCUACUGUACUAAUCAGUGACGAUACAAAUUACCAUCUAACUCUAGACACGAUGAAUUUCAUCCAAAAGUGAGUUUUCCUAGUUGUUGACUGGAUC